CCCAAACGUCGAGCUUCUCACUCAUCACAUUCCAAACCACGUUCUUCCCUUUCUAAAAUGUCAGCAGAGGCACCUGCCUUCGUCCCCCGUUCUAGACGUUUAUCUCGUGUGGAGAAAGAAAAAGAGGGUGUACAUGAUGAAAGAGUGGUAAGAGAUGAAACAAAGGAUAAAGUGGAUGUUGAAGAAAUCAAUCGUUCUCAAAUUUUAGGAGGUGAAACGGAUCAAGCUACAUUGAGUAAAAUAAAUAAUGCUGUUAAUAAUUCCAGAUGGACAAAACCUUUACCAGGUAGUAGAAGACCUGAAGUAGGAGCGGAUUUCAAACCUAAAGCUGCUAGUGUACCUAAGAGUAAUGAUGCGAAAGAGAACACUAGGAGAUUGAUCGUUGUUUUGUCUCAAGCUUGCCUGGAGACAUAUAGGGUCAACGCGGGCAGUGGAGGAAAAAAUGCAGCUGGGAAAGAAGCUAAAUACGCUUUACUCAAUUGUGAUGAUCAUCAGGGGAUUUUAGCUAGACAAGGGAGGGAUAUAGCGGAUGCUAGACCUGAUAUUACUCAUCAGUGUCUUCUCACGUUGCUCGACUCUCCUCUCAAUAAAGCUGGUCUGCUACAGAUCUACGUUCAUACUGUCAAAGGUACUUUGAUCGAAGUAAAUCCCAGUGUCCGUAUCCCACGAACUUUCAAGCGUUUUUCUGGACUCAUGGUCCAGUUACUUCACAAACUCAGUAUCCGAGGUGUUCAAGGCUCUGAAAAGCUUUUGCGAGUGAUCAAAAACCCCGUGACGGAUCAUUUCCCUACAAAUACCAUAAAACUUACUCUCUCCGCCGAUGCACCGACCAUACGAUUGAACCAAUUCGUCAAAGAUCUCCCUCAAACCCAUUCCGUCGCCGUGUUCGUCGGUGCCAUGGCCAGAGGUCCGGAUAAUUUCGCCGAUGCCUAUGUGGAUCAGAAGAUUUCCAUCAGCGAAUAUUCUUUGUCCGCUUCUGUGGCUUGUGGCAAGUUUUGUUGUGCGAUGGAGGACUUGUGGGAUAUCGUGUGAGGGUUGUGGGGUUAGGGGAUUGAUAGAUCAUUGGAUCUUUCAUCCGAGGAUACAUGUACAUAAAUCAUCAAGAUUACUCGUUCAGAGUGCUCUAGUCAUUCCUUGCUCUACUCGAGUACAGUAUAUGAUCUAUGUUACAUAUCGUCUAUGGGCUAUGG